UCAGGCCGCCACUUCUACGAAAGCUCUGUCCGCGUAGCACCUGUUACAAAGUGCCAAGUGUAGUACUACGACCACUUGUAGCCAUGAACGUCACAAUGCAGCUCGCUGUCAUGGUGGCUGUCUGUCUGUGCCUGGCUGAAGCAGCUCCUGUUGGCAGACUGACGAGGAGCAAGCAGCAGCGACCUACACGAGGCUUCAAGAACGUCGAGAUGAUGACAGCUCGGGGCUUCGGGAAGAGAGCUAGAACAGAACGCGACGUGGUACAUCAAAGAACUUCAGAACGAACGUCUCGUGGUAUUCCAAUAUUUAAAAGUCCAUCGGUUGGUAUUGCCAGGGACUUUGGAAAAAGAACUCCUGAAUUGGAAUCGGAAGAUGAAUCCCGCAAGACAUUUAAGCCCAGGUGCAUGCAUCUUAUGACUGCCAAAGAUUUCGGCAAAAGAAGCGAUAACAAUGACGUAAACGAUGAAGAGGAAGAAAUAAGAGUAACCAGAGGUACUUUCAAGCCGAACUCAAACGUUCUUAUCGCGAGGGGUUAUGGGAAAAGACAGGGGGAAAACGGUGAAGUGUAUGGAAUGGAUAACUUUUGGGAGUCGCUUGAGGGGACCCAAGAGAAAGAUGGCCAGGAGACUGAUGAGAAACCGGUUGAAAGCAUCCCAAUGGAUUGGUUUGUGAAUGAAAUGCUGAAUAACCCCGACUUCGCUCGAUCCGUGGUCAGAAAAUUCGUUGAUCAAAAUCAGGACGGCAUACUCUCCGCUGAUGAACUACUAAGGAACACGGCUUAAGGAAACGACAACCCGAUACAAACUCGUUAGUUUCUACCUAAAUUAUGUUACAACUGUUUAUUAGAUCUGUUUGUAUUUUUAUAGUACUGUGAUAAGUAAGCUCUUGCAUUUGGAAAAUAAAAAAAAUAAAACUCAAGCCAGAAAUAGCUUAAACUGUAAAUAAUUUGUUAUUAGUCUGAUUUACGUGUAAUGUCUAUAAUAUAAUAGAUAAAAGUUCUUUAGUGUUGUAUAAGAAAUAUUAAAUAUUUGUGAAUAGUGGUAGUUUCAGUACCUUAAUAUUUGUUACCUUGUUUUGUGAAUGAUAUUAUUUUACGUUAGAUGGAUCACCAAACGACACACACUUGAGACUUAAUGGAUAUUUAUAUUAGUUAUCAAUUUGAACAAUCUUGCUGCGAAAUUAUUAGAAGCCUAAUUAAACUCAACAUUGGGGAAAAAUUAUAAAAGAUAUGAAUAAAAAUACAUUUUAACUCUGGUUUUAAUAAGUCAUUUGCAGCGCAUUUAUAUUUUCAUUUAAAUGAAAAUUUUAAUAUAAAAUGUUAUAUAGGCUGGGAGAUAUUAUAUUAUGUUAUCUCUACGUACAUACAUAAUUUAGUUAAGAGCUUUAAUGUUAUGGAAUCCAUUGUCAUAUUUCAUAGGUUCAGACAUUAUAUAAUAAUAUUAUAGUAAUUGUUAUUUGUCAAUUUCAAGAAUGAAAUAAAAGUC